AUGGCAUCAACUAAUGGCCAAGACCAAUGGCCCAAAGAAGACAUUGCAAUCUUACUGGACCGCCUAGAGAAUAAUCUCCCAUCCAAUGACAGCCACACAUUCAGAACAACCCAGUCACAUAUGGACUGGGAAAGAGUAGCUUUUAAAGAUUAUUCUGGAGAAAUGUGCAAACUCAAAUGGUUAGAAAUUUCUAACAAGAUAAGGAAGUUUCGCACUUUGACAGAAUUAGUCCUGGAAGCUAAGGAACAUCUUAGAAAUCCUUACAAAACAAAAAAGCUCAAGGCACACCCCGACUUACCCACAAAGCCCCUGAGUGCUUACCUCCGCUUCUUCACCGAGAAGAGGGCUCAGUACUCCCACAUGUACCCUGAGCUGAACAACCAGGAGCUGACCAAGGUCCUGUCUAAGAAAUACAGAGAACUCCCUGAGCAGAUGAAGCUGAAAUAUAUUCAAGAUUUCCAGAAGGAGAAACAGGAGUUUGAGAAGAAACUGGCUCAGUUUAGGAAAGACCACCCUGAUCUAGUCCAGAACUCCAAGACAUCUGUGGCCCCCAAGGGGAGCCCAACCAAAGCCCAAGAGACGCUUCAGGAAAAUGUGGAAGAAGUGGAAUCCCCCUCAGAAAAGGAUUUUCCUGACGUGAUGAAAUUCCAUGGAGAGCCCAAGAAGCCCCCAAUGAACGAAUACCACAAGUUCCACCAGGAUUUGUGGUCAAGUAGGGAGCUGCGCGACCUGCCCCUGAGGGAGCGCAUGGUGGAGAUUGGCAGACGCUGGCAGCGCAUCCCGCAGAGCCAGAAGCAGCAUUACAAGAAGCAGGCCGAGGAGCUGCAGGAACAGUACAAGGUGAACAUGCAUCGCUGGCUCAAGACUCUGUCUCCUGAAGAAUACGCUGCUUACAGAGAGAGGACCUAUACUAAGCGUAAGAUCAUGAACAUGAAUGAAGGCCCGGACCCCAAGAUCAUCAGGACAGAUGUGCACUGUCCCUCAGCAAAGACUCUGCAAGAAGGACUGCCACAGGAGCAAGGGCUUGGGGCUCCAGAGACAGAAUCUCUAGGGACUAGUGGGGCCCAUUGCCAUGCCUCACAGAGAUCGGAAGAAAAUAAGGAAGAUGGGGAAAAGGCAGAAGGCAGUAGCUCCUCAGACUCCAUCAGUGGGGAUGAAGAUGAAGACUCUUGA